CUCUAGCGUAUGCGUCGAGUAUAAAACCCAAGAUGUCGCUGCAACGUUUGACAGCGCUCCGAGCGCUGAUGGCCAGCCAGCAGACAGCGCUGGCAGCGUAUAUUGUGCCUACAGCUGACGCUCACAACUCAGAAUACAUAGCCCCCAUAGAUGCACGUCGCGAGUGGCUAACGGGGUUCACGGGGUCAGCCGGCACUGCGGUAGUAACUAACACGCUGGCUGCUGUCUGGACGGAUGGCAGAUAUUACACGCAGUUCGAGAAGGAGGUCGACUUGAAUCUGUGGACGCUGAUGAAGCAGUCGCUACCCGAUACCCCCUCCAUAGAAAAAUGGUUGACUACCAAUUUAGGGGCCGGUUCUGUAGUGGGGGUCGACCCCUUUACAAUGAGUAGAGAAGAGUGGACACCGUUGCAGACGGCAUUAAAAAAAGCCAAGAUGCAAUUAAUAGCCGUACCAAAUAACUUGGUCGAUCAGUUGAGGGUCCAACUAAAAGACCCGGCGCCAGAGAGACCGCAUAAUGAAAUUAUGCAUUUACCUGUUAAAUAUACAGGUAAACCAGCUAGCAAGAAGAUAGAAGAAUUGAGAGCCAAAAUGGCGGAGAAGAAAGUAUCUGCUCUCGUGCUCACCGCGUUGGAUGAAGUGGCUUAUGUACUCAACCUCCGAGGAAGCGAUAUACCCUACAACCCCGUGUUUUUUUCAUAUCUGGUUAUAACCCCCAAUAGAGUGAAGUUAUUCUGGCAUGGGGGUCGCAUUCCGACAAAUAUACAGGAGUGUUUGGAGUCAGAAGGGGUCGUUAUAGAAGGGGUCCCGUAUGAAGAUAUUGUUAGGGAUCUGGAGAAUAUGGCGAGAGAGCUAUCGGAAAGCGGUGACGGUGAUCACGACAUUUGGGUGUCGAGCGAAGCGAGCGAAGCGGUACAUAGAGCGGCGUCUGGGGAAGACGUGUUAUCGAAGCCUUUGAAUUUAAUAUCCGAAGUGUCACCGGUGGCUCUUAUGAAAUUGGUUAAAAAUGACGUCGAACUAGAGGGUUUUAGGCAAUGCCACAUUCGCGACGGUAUAUCGGUUGUGCGUUUCUUCAAUUGGUUGCAUCGCGGGAUCGAUUCCGGCGAAAGUAUAACUGAAAUGCAAGCGGCUGAUAAACUGUUGGAGUUUAGGAAGGACGAAACAGACUUCCUCGGACCAUCUUUUGAGACAAUCCCCGGGGCAGGGGAGAACGGGGCAAUAAUACACUACAGUCCGACCCGGGAUGGCCCACAGCGGGGGAUACUGGGGCGGGAUAUGUUCCUGCUGGACUCGGGGGGACAAUACAGAGACGGCACAACAGACAUAACCCGCACCCGUCACAUGGGUGUGCCGAGUGACGAACAGACAAACGCAUUUACUCGCGUGCUGAAGGGACAGAUCGCGCUUGGCACUGUGCUGUUCCCACGGGGGGUUAAGGGCAACGUGCUAGACACGCUAGCCCGUUCCGCCCUGUGGCAAGUGGGGCAGGACUACGCGCACGGCACGGGGCACGGCGUGGGGCACUGCCUGCACGUGCACGAGGGCCCCGCGGGGGUCUCCUGGAGGCCCUACCCCAGGGACCCCGGCCUGGGGCCCGGGCAGGUGCUGAGUAAUGAGCCGGGAUACUAUAAGGUCGGGGAAUAUGGUAUAAGGCAUGAGGACCUUGUCGAGAUUAUCGAAGUGAAUAAGACAACCAAUCAUCCAAGAGCAUCAAAACUGCUAGGCGAUUUCGACGGUCGAGGCGUGUUGGGUUUCAACACACUGACGUUAGUGCCACACGACACUAAGUGUGUUAACGUGGAGUUGCUUGAUGAUUUUGAGUUGGCAUACCUAAAUUCGUACCACGCUCGUGUGCUGGCAACACUCGGACCGAUAUUGAAAGAACGUGGACUUUUGGACGACUUGCAAUGGCUUGAAAAUGAAUGUAAACCUUUGGAAAGGGUUUAAGAUCGAGCAACAAUGACCAUGCAGUAUUGCAAGAAUGAAAAUGAUGCAAUUUUUUAAAUGUUAAUUUUUUUUAUUGUGUAACCGUUGCUAUGUAAUUCAUAUUUCGUGGUUUUUUUUGACAAAUGCAUUUUAAGCAUUUAAUUCAUGUUUUUCUUUGAACAAUAUUCAACUAAUGUACUUGACAUUUUU